AUGGAAGUUUACGUUAGAUUUAACGACGAUGUUGAGCAUGAUUAUGCUUUCCAAUUAGAUGAGAAUGACACCAUAGACAAUAAAAUUAAAAAUAUCUUCUCAGAAGAUAGCAAUGUUGGGUUAUCAAGUGUAAUGGUCUUGAGACCAACUGUUUUCCACGAAAGAAUUCCUAUCGGAUAUUCUAAAUCUGUCCAUCCUGGUUAUCUAACUGAAGGUGGUUGUUUAAUUUUCCAUUAUGAAGCUGGUUCAGAAAAAUAUAGAGUUAAAUUAGAUGAAAAGACUCCAUUAAUGAAGCAAUUAUGGUCAGGCCAAUUGAUUUUACCUAAAUGGAAGUUAUCUAAGAAAAAUAUCUUCAUCUACGUAACAUUGAUGCUAUUAUGGUUAUAUACCGAUUUACCGGACUGUAUCUCACCAACCCCAGGUAUCUGUUUAACAAACUGUUUAUCAAGAGCAUUGAUUCCUGUUGCUGAAAGAUUCGAGUUAUACCAUGUAGCUGAUAAAUUAAGAGAAGAAAUCGCAGUAAAUUACUCUGGUGUUUUAGCUCAAUGGGGGUUCUUCUUUUUACACAUUUUAAAAAUUUUAUUUAUAACUUUAACUUUAACUAUUGGUAUGGUUAACCCAUUAAGUUUCAACCCUUGGAUAUUCAUUAAGAUGAGAGUAUUAACCGAUACACCUGUAACUCCACAUUUGAAGAAAGUAUUGCAUUCAAUUGGUUGGUUGGGAGCCAGAAGGGCUAACUACGAUGAUUAUCAACAAAAUUUUUAUGCCUAUCAAAUUGGCAAAUAUGGUGGUGUUGUCCAAGCUAGAAGAGCUGAUAAAAAUAUCAUCUCUAUUGCUGCCAGACCAGGUUUCAGUUUAGGUAAAGGUGAAGGUUUCCAAUCACCAUUAGAAGAAAGAUUCACUGCUUCAACUUUUAAAACUUUAGAAGAAAAGAAGAUGUUUAUCUUAAGCGAAGAAUACUUUGCAGCUUUAGAAGAGAAUCUAAAAGAAAAUGUCGAUCUUUGUCAAGGUGAUAUAGGUAAAAUGAAUAACGAAAUUAGAAGAUUUAGAAGAUACGGUCUUUAUGAAUGUAAUGAUAAAAUUAAAAAAUUGGUCUCUGACAGGAAAAGUAUUCAAAAAGAAUUGUAUCCAGAUGUCACUUAUCUAGAAGAACAAGAAAGAUUAGAACCUAAAAAAGAAAAAUAA